AUGACCGUCGAAACGAGAAGCAUUUCCUCAACUGAUUUCGCAACUAGCGAUGAGAAUAUGGCUACAUCUAAAGAACCUGAGUCUAAGACCAAUUCACUCGGUUAUGUUCUUGAAAUGAAACUCCCAAGAGAGUAUGCGGAGUUCGAAUAUCAAGAAAGUGUAGUUGCAUGGGGGAAUAUGCGAAGAACCAUCAUGCGGAUACUUGUAAUUGAUACUGCCAGAUACUUUUCUAUCCCAGAGGAGAUAGUGAGUCCGGAGGUGAUCAGAUGUCGUUUUCUUGUUUGCCAAGGUCCCCAUAUGUUUGAAGAUUGUUACUGUGAAUGGUGUGAUGGAACACCAGAGACGGGAGAGCAAGGCAGUGGACCGGCGAGAAUGAAGCCUGGCUGUAGGCGAAAGUAUCUUAAUGAUACCCAGGAUCCACUAUACUAUUGA